AUGGGAUUUAUCUCUCGGCGUCCACUUCUGCCUGCACCCACCGACUCAUUGCUUGGGUCGGCUGAUGAGACUGGACUUGGUACAGAUCUUGGAACAGAUCUUUCGCGGAGAACCGAUAAGACUUGGGAAGAGAUACCUGGCGACGGAACUCCCAUCACUAUUUCUCCCGCCCCAAAACACAACCAUCUCGGCAAACUGCCAAAAUCUGGCCAACAGUCUCAAACCUCACUCCUCAUAGAAUUGUUUGAAAGCAACAACACCUCAGAAUCCGGACAGAGACGGCCUAGUCUGCGUGUACGAUACACUCCUUCAAAGUCGAGAAAGAAAGGCCAAAAGGCAGAAAGCCACAUUCUUGUGACCGAAUCAAAGUCGACCAGGAAACCCUCAAAAACACAUCGCAUCGCUCUUGGAGGUAACGAAACACUCGCUCACAACGUCAUUGAAGGGAGCAUCAGUUCCCUCGAUUCUGCUGGCAGCCUCCAUCCCGCUGCCCCGGUCGAAAUCGACGUUCACCAAGACGAGGCUUCUGAAUUCUCCUCGCUAAGUGCCUCCCCGGAGCUCAGGUACGCAAUUCCCGAGUCAGAUAUCUCUUCUAUGCCACCAGAGAGCUCGUUGGGUAUCGUCAAUCCAGUCACCAUGUCUCAAUCAGAGCAAAGCGGAAGCCUUCCAAGAGCUCCUGGUUAUGGCGGGACUACCUUGAAACCACCCGUCAUACUUACGGAUCGGAAUGCAAGUAAUGAAAGAAUCACUCAAAAGGUGAUCGAGAAAUUGAGCAAUAAGCCACGGGUCUCCGCAAGUGGCAAACGCCGGCGCAGUAGCCAGCACACAAGUCACAGCAGUGUCAGCCGUGAAGUCGAAACCGACGAUCCAGUCGAGGCGCGAACGUACACUACAAAAAAGAUCGACGACGAUUGGAAUCCAAGUGCCACAGGUUCCAGUCUAUUGAGCAGCACACAUUUGUCGGCCGAACCUAGAGCUGGUGAUCAACGAUCGGUACGAUCUGGAGCAUCAAAUGUCUCCAUCACCAACAAUCCUAAACUACUACAGACAGUCGAGGAUGCGAUCAGACGGCUCAUUCUGCCGGAACUAAAUGAAUUGAGAAGAGAUCAACGACAUCAUCGGUCUCGCCACGACAAACUAAGCGAUCCCUCUGACAUUUCUAGCAGUACAGUCUCCCGAGAAGAAAGAACACGUCGAAAAUCGUCUGGCAGCAAGUCGAAGAGACGAGUCAGUCACGAUUCCGAGGCUGCAAAACCGUCAAGCUCCUCUCGACAUCAUAGACAUCAUAGAUAUGACGGAUACGAUUCCCCAUCUGAGCAGAGCUAUGAUCAAUCCGAAUCUGUGGAAAGUAGCAGUGUUCGUGAAGACCAGAAACCACGUAAAUCUUCCAAGAGCCACCGUGCUCGGGAUAUCGCGGCUGGUGCUCUGGGUGGUGCGGCUUUGACAGCAGCGGCGCUCAAGUCGCAUGACUCUGGUUCUAGCCUCGAAUUUUCCGAGAAGCGAAGACGACGACGCAGCAAAAGCCGUUCUAGUCGAAGUGCAAGCGUCACAGAGAAAGACGAUGUCUUUACCAAACACAAGGUACCUCCCAUGCCUUUCGUGAGCGAGAUUGGUACAGACCUCACCCGCAGUUCACUCCAAUCUUCUGUUGAUGGGGGUGCCACCACGCCCACCAGGAGGGAGGUUCGUGAAGUUAUUCGAGGUUCUCCACUCGAUCUGUCCUCUUCUGGCACACGCACGCCUACCAGAAGCAACCUCGAUAUAAAACGUGGGCUUGGCACCCAUCACGGAAACUUUUCAGAGCGCGACCUUUCGAGCCACGACAUAUCUAGGAAGGAAGUACUUGAUGAUGGUAGUGAAGUUUCGCAUGACCUCGAUGAGUCCGAAUUCGCUCAACAUGGCUUUGCAGCAUUGACAGAUCCAGAACGGGCUCGGGCAUAUGAGAGAAAUCUUCAUCAACAGCACCCCAUCCGGCGAGGAUUAAGUCCCAUUCAAAGCGUUGCGAGCUAUGCCACUACCACCGAGCCGAAUCGGAAUUCUUUUAUGCAUACUCGAAGCUCAGAAUCUCUAGAUUCAAUCAAAAAGCGGGAGCAGAUUAACGAUCAGGUCUCGAUCUCAACUCUCUCGUCUCCUCCCAGUACAGAUCUGGCUCGCUCGAUGCGGCCUCAUGGCAUAAGCCUAGAGAAUCGUAGCGAGAUCAUGGGCCAGCAUAAAGCCUCUAACGAAAGCACGCCCCGCCAGCUGGACCCAGAGGCUAUUUUUGACGAACAACAUCUUGAGAAUGAAAGCUACCGACAAUCUCCCUAUGUUGAUAAGGUCACAGCCGGCCGCCACGUUGCGAAACCAAUCGGCGCAACUGCAGAAUUUACGGAGAUCCCGAUGGGUGUUGAGUCUGCGGUUGCUUCGCUCAUCAGUAACACUGGCUCACCUCGCCAUAGUCAUGCAAGCUCGUUGGAUCGCCACGAAGUCGGUGGCACAGAUAGCCCAUCUUACGAGCGCGAUACGAGAUACAUUGGUAGUCCGCUCAAACACCAUACUGAGAGUUAUACUGAAGACAGACUCUCAUCGCACUCGGCGGGUCUGGUAGCUUCUCCAACACACAGCCCAACUCACUCUCUGCCUCGGUCACUUGCUCGGUCAACGCAGCAAUCCGAAGGCCGAUCUGCAAAAUCGCUGCGUUCUCCUCAUCUCAUCUCUGGUGAGGCCAACACUCAGGCAGAGCUUUCUCCCGAAUCAGACAUUACUACGAACCCAUCGGUUAUUCAAGGCCCAAUUGGUGGAUUAAGUCAAGGCAACACGGAUCAUUGGCCAUAUGAUCCUACACCUCCUCGUUCACGUGCAGACCUUGUCCUGCCGCCUGUUAGCCGAGAUAUUGGAUCCGCGGGCGCUGAUCUAAUCCCGGAGGCCUUAACUAUCAGUCACAAUCAUGAUCUGGAUCCUAAACGAGACCUGUAUAUGACAACACAGCCACUGGCGUCUUCCCCGGGUGCCAAAGAUGAAGGUUACGAGACUGGAGCAAACGCUCGAUCCCCAGGGCUAUAUUCACAACACCGAAGUCUGCACGAUGACAGCUUCAGCCCCGACAUGCAUGUUCAAGACACCGACUUGGGUGAUGAUCCCUUCACAAUCACUAAGCAAGAUCAAUAUACUGAUAGACUCUCUCAUGGCAUGUCCCCCAUGUUUGAUGGUCCUCUGGAUCGUGGUCGCGAGCAAAUUCAAUCACGAGAUAUUGUCAACCUCAUGGAUCACCUCACAGUCCGCGAUGCACAAAGAAACGCACGUGAUACCGAGAUUUUGGUGACACUCGUCCGAAGUGCGGCUGAGAUGCGCAACUCCUUUGAGGAUAUGAAGAAGUUCAUAGCAGAACAAGAUGAGCAGAUGCUGGAUAACUCUGAACGUCAACACGAGAAGACACAAAGAAUCGUGGGUGGACCUCGACCACAACCAACAAGCGGAGCUCGUACAGCUCGCUCAGCUACCUCGGAGGAAGAUUUACCGAACAAGCGCCAAAAUGUCUUUCGAAGAGCUCUACGUGGCCUAGGAACUAAAAACACUCAAGAAUUGCAGAAUAUCGAAGCAAUGCUUAUGCGGCUGCUCGACGAGGUGGAAGGCCUUCGAACGACUCAAAACCCAGGGCCACGACAAAAUCAAGUCAGGCACACUAGCUUCACGUCCGCCGACAAUGCCAGGGCACCACCCACUGACACUGGAUACGAGCCUGAGGGGCAGGCAGGUACUUCCUCAACUGGUGAUCGAUCCGGUUUCUUUUCCAAUAAUUCAUCACGGCAAGCAGAUUACCGUACCUAUAAUCAACAACGAGAUUCUGGUAACCGUGUAAGCACUGUGAUGGAAGACAAUGAAGAGUACGAUGACUAUGAUGCCCCACUUGGUCCUGCUAAGGCUGGUAACGUUCGCGCUAGUCAGACACCACUCGACACGCCUCCAAGACAAGACUAUGCCCGCCAAGUGAGAGCAGGUUCUGUGCCACUGAACACUCCCCCCCGGACCACUCCUCAGAAUGUUGGUUCACAAAGCAACGAUAACACACCCCACCAGUCCACGGGUGACGGGUCGGGUCGAAAACACAAGUCAUUCGCGGCAAACUUUAUCCCAAAAAUGGUGUCGAGGUGGUCAAAGACUACUGCAUCAUCAGCAGACAAUUUCCGCACGAGUGCACAGAAAUCACGACCCCGUUCAGAAAUGUCGCGAUCAGGUUCGAAUUUAGGGGAGUACGAAUAUGAGCACGAUCCCCAAGGUGACGACCCAUUGCGAUCAGACACAUCCUUCCAGAGAGAGCAGUAUUCUGAUGACGAACAUGAUGGCCGGCCACCGUCCCCUUUGAUUCCGAGUCAAAUCUCUGACAAUCCGAAAUACCAGGCUCACCGAAACAGCAUGAAUCUUCAACAUCCACAACCUAGGCAGGGUCCAACUGGUCGAUUUCAGUCCCAUCUGGAGUCAGAAGCUCAGCAUUACAACGAUCAAUUCUCCCCUACUUCUCAAACCUCCUCUCAAUGGGACCAAGGGUCUUCGCUCCAAACCGCACUACCCCCAAACACCGCAUAUGGAGAACAUCUAAGCCCUAUCCCUGAUAAUCCAUAUUCCGCAGAUCACAGUGUGCACUACGACAGCCGCAGUGUUCGAUCUGGCACUUCUUCUCAAGGUCCUCCCAGGCCACCAAAGAUCUCAAAUGACGAACCAUUGGUACCACAACGCCCUCCCAAGGUACCCAUGAGCCCAUCUCAGGCCGCGAGACAGCCCACAUAUGUUGAUCACGUCGCCGCGGCACGAGCUGGUAGCCCUGCAUUUGACAAGUCACCAGUCGCAGCGCUAAGGUCGCCACAGAGUUCAGGAAGAAAACCGUCAGGCCCAAGGCCACUAGCCGGAGCCGGUGGAUCUAAGGGAGAUCUCAAUGCCAUCAAGAGGACACGUUUUCGAGGUAGUCCUAACCAAGUCGACAGUGAGGACGAAGCAACCCGUGCUUAUUGA